GCUAAGGUGAGUGGUUCACCUCGUGCGUAUCAUCCUACCUUCUGCCCCCUCAACCGCCCUGCCUCCCCUCCAAGGAAAGGCUUCGUGAGGCCCUCCUUUUGAGUGGGCCGCGCUUAAAGGGCACAGAUGACAUACAGGAUAGCAAAAUGGGUGGCUCUUCCUACAGCCUUGGCAGGUGCAUCUAUUGUACAUGCUGCAUCUGAAGAGGAACCAGAAUCUUGUCGCAUGAAGGCACAUCAGCUUCCUAUUUAUAAUGCACCACCUCUUAAUUCAAGAUACAUCGAUGAAAAGCCUGGCCGCUUGCAAAGUAGAAUUUCAUCAGUAAGAAACACAACAAGUUACUAUGUCAAUGGGUGCAAGGAUGCUUAUCUCUUUGUCAAAAAUGGGAUAAUAUCAUCUGUACAGUUUGGAAAAGAUGCCUAUGUUUACCUGAAGAAUCCACCUCCAGAAUUCCUUCCCAAAGUUGGUGUGAUUACAGUUUCAGGACUGACUGGGCUAGUCCUUGCAAGAAAAGGAUCUAGAUUUAAGAAGAUUUGCUAUCCCUUUGGACUCUGCACAUUGGGCAUAUCUGUUUGCUAUCCAGCUCAGUCAGUAAUUAUUGCAAAGGUAAUAGGUGGAAAGGCCUAUGCUGCAAGCCAUAAAACCUAUGAAGCAAUAGGAUCGCUAUGGACCAAAAAUUCCACUACGGAAGUUCUACUCACACAGGAUAAAGAUACUCAGCAGCAAGUACUGGGAGCAGUUCCAGGAACAGACCAUAUUGUCUCAGAAGCUCGGAAGAUAGCCCUUGAAUCAGAAGAAAAGGUGAAAUCAUCACAAAUGCAAUUUCAUGCAGAGAAGACACUUCCACAGACAGAUUCUGUGCCUUUGAUAGCUGAAGCGAAACUGCCAAGUGUCAGAUCAGAUGUGUUGAAGGCAACAAAGUUUAAACCAGACCCCAGCCUCAUGGACCAUGGCCAGUCCAGCCCAGAAGAUGUGGAUAUGUACAGUACCAGAAGCUAACAGCACAGACUCCCAAAAUUUUGGAUUACAAUAAUGAUGGGACAUUAAAAUGGGGAAAGUUGUGAUCUAUAUGUUGGUAUUUGAUCAGGUAAUUCUUCAACCUGAUCUUUAACUGCACAGCCAGUUCACUCGCCCUUCAUUUCCACUGUAUCAUUUUUUCCUAUUAUUGCUACAAGUGUUCUUUUAAUUUUUGGAAAUCACGAGACAGCCAAAGGGUUUCAGAUGAGAUUGUCAUUGUCAAGCUGGCUAUUAAUGUAAAUCACUUGGAGAAAUAGAUUUCUGUACCACUCCUGCGCAGAUAAUGAAGUGAUAAUGAAAAGAGAAAUAUUUAAACUUAUUUUCCUUGGGCUUAUCUUUAGUCCAGGAGAUGUGGCUGCUCUACACUGUAGCACUUUGCUAAUAUGCUGGCCUUUAAAAACUUGCUGUCAUUCAGAGGAAAAGGAGGGAACAUAUUGAUAAUUAUAGUUUAUGGAUAUAUAGGUAUAUAUAUAAUUAAAAAUGCAUUUCCCAAACUGCUUGCUGUGAAGGUGUGAUGGUAGCUUCAUAUAGGACAUGAAUUUUCAUCUGCUUUCUACGGUCCUUGUGUAGUGGUGAAGAGGGAAUUUGCAUAUAACCUCUGCGGAAGAUGCCGAGGCUAUGUUCACAGUUGUGAAUGCAGGUAUUUUCCUAUUUCUCCACUUCCAGCUCCUGGGGCUGAUUAGUCCUGUCAGGUUUUAUUAUUUGACCUCAAUGCCAUUUUGGCCAAGUCACACCCACCUACUCUAUUCCUGAUACAAAAUCGGAUGAAGUUGUGCCUGAGCCAAAAAGAUCUACCAAAGAGAGCCAGCCAAAAAGGCAUACAGGAUUAAACAACAUGUGCUUCUGAGCACAUUCUGAGCCAAUACAUUUGUUUUUCAUACUAAAACUGAAGUGAGCGCACAAUCCUUUCACACACAAUGCCACUCCUGGUUAGCUUUCUGCAAUGCAACAGCCUAACAGGGUGUCAUUUUGUCAUUGCUAUAGUUAAAAUAGUUGCUGAAACACUAACUGAUCUACUGAAAAGUCAUUCUGGGGUCUACUAGUAGAUACUGAUCUACUUUCUGCCACCCCCUGCUUUAUGUGGGUACUGAGAUGCUGCCAGUAUUGGUGAUAUAGCAGCAAGCCAUGUGUCACAAAUGUCAUGGUACUGCUUUGGGUAAGGGUAGAAAAAGUGCAAGACCACAGGAACAUAGGAAGCUGAGUCAGACAAUAUGGUCUCUCUGAUUCAGAUUGUGUACUCUGGUUGGCAAGAGCUCUCUAGGUUUCAGACAAGUGUUUUCACAGCCCUACCCAGAAAAACUGGUGAUUGAAUCUCGGACUGUAUGCAAAGCCUGUGAUUUUAAUGGUAAUACCCAAAAUAGGUCCAGUUUUUAAAAAGUGUAUCAUGUAUUCUCUAGUUGUAACCUUUAUAAACAGGCAAGUCACUGGAAAUCGGGGGACUGAGGCUGAGAAAGAAUGGAUUGUCUAAGGCAGCCUUUCCCAGCUUGGCAUCCUCUGACUUGGAGGCACCAGGGAUCAAAUCUGGGACUUUCUGCAUGCAAGGCAGGUGCUCUUUCCCACAAAGUCCUGUUCUUCCUUCUGGACACAAGCUUGUGCACGCUCUAAUACACUAGAGCACCAGCUAUUUUUGUAUUUGAAGAAAAGCAAGAGGUUUCCUGGCCAGGCCAGCACAUUAUGUCCCACCUGUGCUCUUUCUCCAUAUGAGUCACCAGUUGAGUAUACCUUUGCUUAAACUGAUCCACAAGAUUCAGGCUGCAUUUGAAGUGUUGAACAUCCAUGUGACGAAAAAGUAAAGCAAUUUAUCAAAGUCAUGUCAGUCAUAAAACACGCACGCUUCUUUUAAUUUUUCUUUCUAUUUGCACUCUGCUUUGAAGCCACUGUGUUAACCAGAAGUCUUCCCUUGUGAGUUUUUCAUUGCAAGCCUGAUGAGCACUCCAAGCUUUGAGAGUGAUAAAAAAAAUGGCAGACUUCCUUCUUUUAUUCUCCAGAAGCCAUUCUGACUAGAUUUUCUUUGUCAAAUCUAAAGAGAUGCCAGCCUUCUUCAGUGGAAAGGUCUGAAGCACCACGUCUCAUGUAGUACUCUAUAGAUGGCUUGUUCCAAACAACAACAAGGAAAUGCAUGCAGCUGCAGUUGGUUUCGAUUGCUAUCUGAAAAGUAAGCACAGGCAAUAGCAUUUGGGGAAAUAGGGGGGGAGGUCCAUUGCUGGUAGCCAUUUAUUGCCUUUCCCUCUAUGCCAGACACAUCCAAGCUUAAGUUGCCUCCGAUCUACCAACAAGUAUCAAAAACUAGCAGUGAUCUGCUACCCUCCGAAGCCAUUUCGAUAGGUAGGUAGGUAGAUCGAUCUUUAUUUCACAGAUAUAGUAGUUAUGUUUGGAUAUCAUUAUGACAGAUCCAAAUAGUUACUAGAUGGAGAAGUAACUAAACAAGUGAGAAAAGUCAAACUAUAUUUUUAUAUUAGUUUGCACAGAUCUGAGGAGCCAGCUUCUCUCUCUCUCUGUGUGUGUGUGUGUGUGUGUGAACUCUUUCCCUUCCAAGUUGCUUCCUUCCUUGCUCCAUGAUUCUUCCUUCCCUGCUUUCUCUCUCUCUCUUUCUUUCUCCUUCAGGCAGUAUCCCAUCCCACCCCACCGCCAGCACUCAGCACAGCGGGAAGGAUAGCAAGCUGGCAGCGUACACACACCCAGCUCUCCCUUGGAGCCAGCAGGGCAGCAUCUCCCUCAAGUCCCCCCAGGAGCGCAGUGAUAGACCUGUGAUCAACCGUAAUCGGUCUCAGGUUCCACCAGUAGAUCGCGAUCGACGUGUUGUACAUGCCCGCUCUCUGCCAUUUAUUACCUUUCCCUCUAUGCAUUCCCUCUAAGCCAUGAGGUUGGUAGCCAUCACUACCAUCUUGUGGGAGUUACUUUUUUAAACCAUUUACAUUUAAGCUGCCAGUUAAUCUUGUUGCUUGAAAUUAUUACUGUAGCAAAUGCAGAAACAAAACUUGGAGUAAAAGAAAACACAGUUACUUGGCUUUCUUUGCAAGAACCACUGCAUUCACGGAUUGCACAGAAAGUUGUAGGACUAUGAUACCUGCAUCUAGAGUUGAGUCUAAACUGGGACAACUUAAAGCUCUUUGCUGUUCUCACAUUCUUGGGCAAUUUUAAGCAUUAAUACAAGAUCAGAUAUUUGGAUAUAAGUCAUUAAUUAGUCACUAAUUUGUUAAUAAUUCCUAUAAAACUUUAGCUAGCAAAGUACUUUUCUGGUUCAGAGCCAGUUGAUAUGUACAGUAGCUGUGGUGGUACAUUGCACACCCACCAUUUAAUUUCUCCAUGUUUUAUUUAAAGAUGCCUAUAAUUGUUUUCAUUUCCACUAACAAAUGUCUCAAAGCAACUUACACAUCCAUAAAAUGCACAAAGCUUACAAACAGUUAAAAACAGUGCAUCAGAAAAUUUUAUCUAAGAAGUGCUCAUGCAACAAUAUUAAAAGGAUGAUUCCUGCCCCAUUCAGCUGAGAGGUGAACAUCACAAACAGGUAAGAAAUUAUACUAUAGUAUGAUCCCAAUCAUAAGCAUUCAAGAAGACUUAAAAUCCAAUCUGUUUUUUUUUUUUGAGGUAAGUUCUAGUCUAGGGUGUAAUUUCCACAUGGGAAUAUUUUUCAAACCUGUAACUUUUCCCUCUUUUUCCACCCAGUCUCCCCAAACAAAGGAAGUUGAUUAGGAUUGCCCUUCUGGAAGAGGAUAUUGUGUCACAGCUGGAGAACUAAGCUGAGUCACCAGUUGGAAUGCAAGUAAAAACUUCAUUCAUACAUAUGAUUAGAUGGUUAAAACUGUCGGUAUCCCUUCAGACUACAAGCGACGAUCACAUGGUUCAAUGUAUUUUCAUACUGAAAGCUUCUCCACACAUAGAAAGCUAGCACAACAGUGAGAGUGCAGCUAUAACUCCUCCCCCGACAUCUAGUUUUAUAUAUGCAAAAUUCUGAUUUUAUUUAUUAGUAUAGAGGGAUUACGAAAGUAUUGAGUUAGAAGGGAUUUCAAAGGUCACCUAGUUUAGUCCCCUUCAUGCCAAUGCAGUAAAUCCACUGCUACACCAUUCUUGAUAGGUGGCUGUUUUCUGUUUAGUAACCUCUAAAGACAAGUUUACAGUGUUUCCCCAAAAAUAAGACAUACCCAUAAAAUAAGCCGUAGCAGAAUUUCUAGGCAUUUGCACAAUAUAAGCCAUACCCCGAAAAUAAGACAUAGUGAUAGGUGAUGUUCUGAAGGGCACCAAGGAAGAGGCGAGGCUGGACGCAGUGCCCUCCCAGCAACAGAAAUCUCCCAAGCCUCCUCCACCCCCCCACCCUCCUGUGCUCCUUGAAGGAUGGCCGGUAGUGGGGCAAUCACAGGACUUCCAGCUCCCUUCCUACCUCCUGUGCGCUUACCUUUGAAGAAGCACAGCGCCAGGCCGUACAGCUCUUCCAGGCCGAAGCCCCAGUGCCGCUCCAGGCUCAGCACCCCACCAUCGCCGUCGCUGCCAACCUCCCCGUCGCUGUCUCAGCCGCCCUACUCGUCCGGCUGCUGCUGCCCGGCUGAGCUCCAGCUGUCCCCGCCCGGCCUCCUCCGUGGCCCCCAGGGGCGAGCAGCAGCCUCACCUCCGCCUGGCCCGGCCAGAGACCU